GACAAAAUACACAAAACUUCCAAAAAAAGUUACAACAAAACACUUAACGAAAAUGUCUUCAUCGUCAGAACCAACCAAGUUCAAAAUGGUUGUAGUUGGAGCUGGAGGUGUUGGAAAAAGCGCUUUAACAAUACAGCUAAUUCAAAACCAUUUCGUGGAAGACUAUGACCCAACCAUCGAGGACUCCUAUAUCAAGCAAGUUGUAGUGGAUGGCUCUAUUUGUAUACUGGAUAUACUUGAUACUGCAGGUCAGGAGGAAUACAGUGCCAUGCGAGAACACUACAUGCGAACUGGAGAAGGUUUCCUUUGUGUCUUCGCUGUUACUAGUUUAAAAUCUUUUCAAGAAAUAGAUAACUUUAGAACGCAGGCACUGAGGGUAAAAGAUGCAGAAUCAGUACCAAUGGUUUUGGUAGGAAAUAAAGUCGACUUACCGAAGCGUGACGUGUCGACGAAAGACGGAAACGAGAAAGCACAGAGUUUCAAUAUACCAUACGUGGAAACGUCUGCGAAAACCAAACAGGGCGUGGAAGAAGCGUUUUUCACCCUGGUGCGAGAAAUAAUUGCUGAUCGUCGACGCAGAGAGGGUCAAAAGAAAAGUGAUUCGAAAAAAUCGAAAUUCAAGUGCACUAUUCUGUAAAUUUUGUGUCCAAGUUGAGUUUCGACGUAACAUGAUGUUUGUACAAAGCACCAACGGCGUAGACACUUGCUCCCUGAUGUGUUUUGUAUUCUACACAUAAACUGUUUUGUAAAUAGUUAGCGAUUAAACCGCUUUCAGUGGUUAUUUUUUUGUUAUAUUUUAUUUUGGUAAGUUUGUACAUACCAUCCUACUUAAGUUCUGAAUGCAAUAUAGACAACACAAAUUUUAAAUAUAGUAUGACCGGUUAUUUUUUAUUUUUACCGGCGUGUUGGUUUAAAACGAUUGCCAUUUAAUGCCGGUCCUAAUAACGCUGGCCAAACUUCCUAGAAGUAAAUUAACACUUUGCCGUUCUGUUAAUCGACAUAGAAAGGAUACUUUUCUACUAUUGUGCGAUCUUUAUAACAAAAGUACAUGCGUACAGUACAAAUGAAUCUUUACUUUUUUUAUACUAUUUUACGUUUUCAUUCUGCCAUUUAUUUAUUUAAUUUUCUUCCGAGAAGUGUUUGUCCCUUUUCCUCGCAUUCUUACUGCGUCAUUUUCUUAUUUAAAUUUUUUGGAACAUUUACUUUUAUAAGUCUUAAAAUAAUUUACCUUGUCGUGUGUAGAAAAAAAAAAAAAUGUUUGCAAUUAUUCUCGACUGUAAUUGGUUGGACGUAUUAAAUAUAGCUUGGUACGUACCUUCUAUGUACAGAACAAACCCAGGUCUUAUUAAUAUUUUCUAAAUGCUCGGUUAUUUAAUUAAUUGAUUGAUUGAUUGAUUGAUUGAUUGAUUGAUUGAUUGAUUGAUUGAUUGAUUAAAUGACCUUGUAGAAAUAUGUAUUACGUGCAAGUUGUGUUAUUUUGUUUCGCGUGAAUAAUAUACAACCAUUCUUA